CAGAGGGGUAGAGGGAUGCUGAGGCAUGUGAGUGUGGUGCACUCCGCACAGGAGCUGGAUUGCAAGCAGUCGCUCUCCUCUCUCCUCCUCCCUUCUCUCUCCUUUCUACGUGUGUUCUCUGUAGAUUCUCACCCUAUUUCAGUUUGCCUGCUCAGCCUUGCUCAAGGCAGCGCUGCCAACCAACACCACGAGGUUGACAACCGACAAACACACACAAACACACACUGGCGCAUGGGGAUGUUAACCUCAGGAUUGCUGGGUGAAGAGUGAAGCAUGGACCAUGCUGCCAGAGCUGAUCAGGUUGCGUUACGGGGAGCUGUGCGGAGAGCUGCUGUGUGUGGAGCUGGACAGGGAACGCCAGGGCCUGGGUCUGAGCCUGGCUGGAAACAAGGACCGUUCCUGCCUCAGCAUCUUCGUGGUAGGCAUCAGCCCUGGGGGCCCCGCCGCCAAGGACGGACGCAUCCGCGUAGGGGACGAGCUGCUGGAGAUCAACAACCAGGUCCUGUAUGGCCGCAGCCACCUGAACGCCUCGGCCAUCAUCAAGAGUGCCUCGUCCAAGGUCAAGAUUACCCUGAUCAGGAAUGAAGAUGCUAUCAACCAGAUGGCCGUUCCCCCCUUUCCAAACCCUCCUGUUGUCCUCUCCUCCACUGAAACCCCCAAACCAGCUGCAGUAGCAUCCCCGGCCCCCACAGAGAAGUCUCAAACCCCAGAGAGCCUGGCCCUCAGCAGGGGACCCCUGGAGGCCUCCAUCUCCAUCAGCGAGGUGAAGUCCAGUGUUGGGUCCAGUGGGAGCACAGCUACGGAGCUCGUGUCCAGAGAAGCAACACUCAAGAUCCUCCGAGAGACUUCGUCAAAGAAGGCCUCAGAGAACGAGGCCGAGUCUUCAGAGAGUGUGACUGUGCCGGCUGCCGAGACCCCCCUGGGGCAGACUGCGAACCUGUCCAAAACCUGUCGGCUCUCCUGUAAGCUGCCUGUGGUGAGCUCUGUGAAAGGGGAGCUGGUGCCCCCCCCUGCCUCUUUCCUACCUUCCUCCUGCACCAGCCCAGACUUUGAGUACUGCAGCAAAGACCCAGCCACGUGCCCUAUCGUUCCAGGCCAGGAGAAAAUCAUAGAGAUCGCCAAGGGUCGCUCUGGCCUGGGUCUCAGCAUUGUAGGGGGAAAAGACACCCAGCUGGAUGCCAUAGUGAUCCAUGAGGUAUAUGAGGAGGGGGCGGCGGCACGUGAUGGACGACUCUGGGCUGGAGAUCAGAUCCUGGAGGUAAAUGGUGUGGACCUGCGUAGCGUGGCCCAUGAGGAUGCCAUCACAGCCCUAAGGCAGACCCCGGCCAAGGUGUAUCUAAAGGUUCUACGGGACGAGGCGAGGUACCGCGACCAGGAGAACCUAGAUGUGUUCAGUGUGGAACUGCAGAAAAAGGCUGGCCGUGGCCUGGGCCUCAGUAUCGUCGGCAAGAGGAACGGCACAGGGGUGUUCAUCUCGGACGUGGUGAAAGGGGGCGCCGCCGAGCUGGAUGGCCGGCUGAUGCAAGGGGACCAGAUUAUCUCUGUCAACGGAGAUGACAUGAGGUCUGCCUUGCAGGAGACGGUAGCUGCCAUUCUCAAGUGUGCCAGGGGGGUGGUGCUCCUGGAGCUGGGCCGACUGAAGGCUGCCUCCUGGCUCUCUUCCAGACGUCCCUCCCAGGGAAGCCAGAUGAGUCACGUGAGUGCCAACAGCACAAUCGUCACACCCCACCCCCUGCUAAACUCCACCCCUUCCACCUCUCAGCUCCUCAAUAACGUCAGGAAGCCAAUGACAGUGGGCAUGACAUCAUCACAGAGCGCAGCUGCAGAAACAGGGAUACGCACUGUGGAGAUCACAAGGGGUCCUACUGAUGCGUUGGGGAUCAGUAUAGCUGGGGGGAAGGACAGUCCUCUGGGGGAUAUCCCCAUCUUCCUGGCCAUGAUCCAGGCCAACGGGGUGGCAGCCAAGACGCACCGGCUCAAGGUGGGUGAUAGGAUCGUGAGUAUCAACUCCCAGUCUCUGGAAGGCCUGUCCCAUGGGGAUGUAGUCACCAUGCUGAAGAAUGCCUACGGCAGCAUCAUUCUCCAGGUGAUUGCUGACACCAACAUCAGUGCUAUAGCCAGUCAGGUGGAGAGUAUGUCGACUAGCAGCUGCUCCGAGACACAGCCAGGGGAACCAGAAGCCCCCAAACCCAAGAGUAUCUGCCUGGAGAAGGGUUCUGACGGCCUGGGCUUCAGCAUCGUAGGAGGCUUCGGAAGCCCUCAUGGAGACCUGCCAAUCUACAUCAAGACUGUCUUCAGCAAGGGGGCAGCAGCGGUGGACGGGCGUCUGAAGAGGGGUGACCAGAUCUUGUCUGUGAACGGAGAGAGUCUGGAAGGGACCACACACGAGCUGGCUGUGGCCAUACUGAAGAGACAGAAAGGGGCCGUCACCCUGGAUGUGCUGUCCUAGCUCACACACACUCUACCCCUUGAACUGGUUUGAACUCCCCAACAUGUUGGAAAGAGUUGACCAACAACUGAUGCCCGUCUCCAGCCCAUUAAACAGCCCGUUAACGUGAAGGGGACAUUGGUUCUGGAAGGAUUCAGUCAAUAGUUAACACAUGUGGUUGAACCAUGGGAAAUAAGAGGACUGUAUAUGGGGGGUUGCAGGAAGUAGGGACACCUCAUUUCCUGUGUGCCAUCUUAUGAGCUUCACUGUGAGGGCGGUUCAACCGCUGUACUGACUGGAUACACGACUCAAAAUGGUGAAUGUUUGGAUAUUAUGAAGCGAGGAAGCGAAGUGGGAAGCUUUAUAUGUGAAUAUCGGAUCUCUUUGUGUCAUUUCAACUUUGUGUGAUCACACAUCAUAGAACACUGAUAGGGCAAUAUGAAUGGUUCAGUUGGUUAAGGAGGUCUCUUCACCGUUAGCCUAGCGUUAGCUUAGCAUCUCCCUUAUGGGGAGACACUGGUUAGCCGUUAGCGAUGUUAGCUGCAGGUACUGCUAAUGUGAAAACUGUGAGGAGGAAUGGUCUCGGCAGGACGCACUAAACUGGACAGAUACUACACACACACACACACACACACACACACACACACACAUGCACAAUAGGCUAGUUAGUCACUGUCAGGUUGACACAUUCUCAUUCAUCACAGACACUUGUCCAUUUGUCUCAUAUCAUGUCAUACUUGUUGUAAACAGACCAUUUAAACUCCUGGCUCUUACACCACAACACUACUCAGUUCAACAGUGAUUAGGCUAGACAUGGCCAAAGGAAGAAGAAAUGCAUUCUAUAGAAACUGGUAAACAGCCGUGCACUUCUAAUACACUUCAUAGCAUCAAGAAUGACAUAGCUCCCUCUGUAGACAUUCAAAGGCAGUUAUAAAGGCCACCCAACUACCAGCUGGUGUCACUAGUACCUUGUGUAGUCCUGCAGGAAGUUGCUGUAGGAAGCUUCUUUAUUAAUUUUUUUACUUAUUUUUCUUCGCAAUUUCGUGGUAUCCAAUUUGUAGUUAAAGUCUUGUCCCAUCGCUGCAACUCCCAUACGGACUCAGGGGAGGCGAAGGUCGAGAGCCGAGU